UCAAUAGAUGUGCACUAUGAACUGAAAGCUCACUGAAAGUACUCAGAUCGUGCCAACAGAGUCACAAUGGCCGGCUCAAAGACUCACUUGGUUUUGGAGAACUAUAUAGGAGGCCAAUUUAUUCCUUGCUCCUCAUAUUUGGAUUCCUAUGACCCGUCUACAGGGGAAGUUUAUUGCAAGGUGCCAGACAGUGGCAGAGAGGAGGUGGAGGCAGCUGUCAAAGCUGCCCAAAAUGCUUUCCCAGGCUGGUCGGCCAAAAGCCCCCAGGAAAGGUCAAAAAUACUGAGCAAGUUGGCAGACCUUAUUGAAGAAGAUCUGGAGUCAUUUGCUCAAGCAGAAUCAAAGGAUCAAGGGAAAACCAUUACGUUUGCUAGAAUGGUGGACAUCCCCCGAUCUGUAUACAAUUUCCGUUUCUUUUCGUCGUCCAUCCUUCACCAGACAGCAGAAUGUACACAGAUGGACCAUGUGGGCUGUAUGCAUUAUACUGAGAGAACACCUGUGGGAAUUGCUGGCUUAAUUAGUCCUUGGAAUUUGCCCCUUUACUUGCUGACCUGGAAAAUUGCGCCGGCCAUUGCGUGUGGAAACACUGUCAUUGCCAAACCCAGUGAGAUGACAUCUGCCACUGCUUGGAUGAUGUGCAAGCUUCUCAAUAAAGCAGGUAUUCCUCCAGGUGUGGUGAACAUCAUAUUUGGGAGUGGUCCGAAAGCUGGAGACGCUCUAGUUUCUCAUCCCGAGGUGUCAUUGAUUUCCUUCACGGGAAGCACUCUCACUGGCCAGCGCAUCAUUGAAAGGAGUGCUCCGUAUUGUAAGAAGCUCUCUCUGGAGCUUGGAGGCAAAAAUCCAGCUAUCAUCUUUGAGGAUGCCAACUUAGAUGAAUGCGUUCCUACUACUGUAAGAUCCAGCUUUGCGAAUCAGGGUGAAAUCUGUCUCUGCACCAGCAGAAUCUUUGUUCAGAGAAACAUUUGCAAUGAAUUCUUGAGAAGGUUUGUGGAAGCUAUCAAAAAGUGGAAAGUUGGAAACCCCUCAGAUCCCACGGUUGACCAGGGAGCACUGAUAAGUAGAGAACAUUUAGCAAAGGUAAAGAACCACAUCAGAAAAGCAGAGUCUGAAGGGGGUAAAAUUCUCUGUGGAGAGGGGAUCGAUACUUUGACUCUUCCAACAAGAAACUGGGAUGGGUAUUUCAUGCUUCCGACGGUCAUUACUGAAAUUGCCGAUGACUCAAGUUGCAUGCAGGACGAGAUCUUUGGCCCCGUAACCUGCGUCACAGUGUUUGACACGGAAGAGGAAGUGAUCGGGAGAGCGAAUGGAGUCAAAUAUGGACUGGCAGCCACUGUCUGGUCAAGGGAUGUGGGGCGGGUUCAUCGUGUUGCUAAGAAACUCCAGUGUGGAUUGGUGUGGACCAACUGUUGGCUUAUCAGGGACUUGAAUUUGCCCUUUGGCGGCAUGAAAGCCUCAGGGGUAGGCCGAGAAGGAGCAAGGGAUUCCUAUGAGUUUUUCACUGAGGUGAAAACGAUUACUAUAAAACACACUGAGAUGCACUGAUGAAAAAUAUUCCA